AUGUUCGAUCCAUUUCUAGCGCAACACAUCAACCGUAAUGCAAAUAAGGGAAAGGGUCACACAUCCUAUCUCUCAAAGACCAUUUGCGAGGAAUUCAUCCAGCUGAUGGCAACUCGAGUUCGCGAGCAGAUUUUUACAGAAGUUAAAGCUGCAAAGUAUUUCUCCGUCUGUGUAGACUCUACCCCAGAUAUUUCCCACGUUGAUCAACUGACAUGCAUUCUUCGAUACGUUUUACCCUCUGGUCCUGUCGAACGAUUUGUAUCUUUCCUUAACAUACGUGGACAUAGCGGAAAAUUGCUAGCUGAAAGGCUACUAGAUUAUUUGAAAACCAAUAAUAUAAAUAUUUCGGAUUGCCGCGGCCAGUCAUAUGACAAUGCAAGCAAUAUGAGUGGGAAAUAUAAUGGUAUGCAGGCCAUUAUUCAGCAACAUUGUAGCCUAGCACAGUACAUACCCUGCGUUGCACAUUCCCUUAAUCUUGUUGGACAAUCAUCUGCCAGUUGUUGUCAAGAAGCAUCAAGAUUCUUCAACUUCCUCCAACGAUUGUACUCUUUCUUUGCUGCUUCAACGCAUCGUUGGAAAGUUUUAACCGACCAACUUUCAAGCAAGAGACUUCCAACGGUUAAACGUAUGUCUGAUACUCGAUGGUCAGCACGUGCAGAUGCUACAAAAGCUCUAGUAAUAGGAUACGAGGAAAUUAAUGCUGCUUUAGACGAGAUCCAUGAUGAUCAAGAUGAGAAGCCUGAAGCAAAAAUGAAGCCAAUAAGAACAAGUCAGAUCCUGCAAUUAGCUGAUCAAGAUCUCAACACUGCUGUUGCAUUAUAUGAAUCGCUGAUUGAGUUUGUCCUUUCGCUGCGAACCAGAUUUGAAGAAUUUGAAGCCAAAGGAAAGGAGCUCAGUGAAUGUGAUCAAUAUAAAGAAGAGAUCAAGCGCGUGCGUAAACGAAAUCGUCGUAACGACGAGCCAGGAUCAGCACCUGAUUUGUUGCAGAUUCCAGCCGACAAGUUUCGCACAGGUACUUUCCUUGUAAUAAUCGAUAGUCUGGAUGCUGAGUUGCGAAAACGACUGAGUGCUUACAUCAACAUUGCUGAAAAGUUUGGCUUUCUGCGAAAGCUUACAGAUCUGCCAGCUGAAGACGUGUUGGAAAACGCACAAAGAUUGCAAAAAGCAUUUUCCACUGACCUCGAAGUCAAUUUGGGUGAUGAAUUGCUCCAGUUUUCUAGCUUUCUCAACACAGAAUUCGGGAAAAGAGCAUUAGAUGCGAGUCAUGCAGCUGCACCUCAUUAUUCUUCAGCUCGAAUUGGAUCUUCUGCUCAGCCUAGUGAAGACCAUGACAUCGAUGUAACAUCCGAUGAUGAUGACGACAUCAAAGUGAACGUAGACUCCUAG